AUGAACAACUCCACAUUCAAAUUUACGACACGUGAGUCAUCCACAAACUUCACAACUUAUUCCAUCGGGCCACUGAAUCAUCUGGAAAUAUGCAUGUACAGCAUCAGUUUCCUGGUUGGUCUUCCUACACACUCCUAUAUUAUAUGGCUCAUCAUCACAGGAACAGGAAGUGGAAUUGCAUCAGAGUUCUUCAUGCUCAAUCUCUCUGUUUGUGAGAUUGCUAACGCACUGAACACCUUUUUCUUUGUACUUUCAAUUUGGUUUUCACAUUUCUUGAUAUUACAAAUGUUUUUAACAGGAUUCUCCAUCACUGGUCGUCCUCUGUUUCAGUGUCUGAUGUGUGUUGAGCGUUACCUUGCAGUGCUUCAUCCUGUAACCUUUCUGAAGUACAAACCUCUCAGAUAUAGAGUCAUCUGCUCCAUUGUGGUCUGGACAAUCACUCUUGGUUCUUGUUUGUGCAGCAUAUAUGUUUUAGUUUCAUUCAACAAUACUGGAUAUGCAUGGUUCUCCAUUCUGCUGUUUGUUUUCUAUCUCGCCAUCCAGUUGUUUUGUCUUGUGGCUGUUCUCAUAGCUCUGAAGCGGUCAGGACCAGGAGAGAGAGGGAGAGAGAGAAAGCAGGAAAACCACAUGAAGAGAAGAGCAUUUAAUCUCAUUCUAAUAACUACUGUGAACAUGGUUAUGCUGUAUGUGCCGAUUCUUAUUUCAGCAAUAUUUACCUAUCUGACAAAAGUAAAUAUUCAGGGAGCUUGGGAUCCUAGUUUGUUUUGUUAUGUAAUGGCUGGUUUUGUGCAACCUAUUCUUUAUCUGCACCGGAGUGGAAAACUUCCCUUCUUCUGUUCCCUAUAA